CUUUUUUCGUACGGUAUUGACGAAGAGCUGGCUACCUCAGAAGCCGUGGGAACUUGUGUCCCCAGACUCAGUCAAUAUAACAGCUACGAUCUUGAGGCACCGACCGACCACUUCGCCGCGGUGGACCCGCUUCGUGAUGCAACUUUUCCUCGUCGAUCUGUCGAAGCCAGCGUAAAUGCAAAGACAAGGCGGUCAAAAGACGGACGGCGGCGAGCCAAUGGUGAGGCCAUCCUCCGGACAGAUAAUCGUGUAGCAGAGGUAGUUGAGGCAGAGACGUUGAUGGCCGAGCAGCAACAGUUGCCAAGGCGAAACCAGGUAGGCUGA